AUGGCCAUCUCCAAGAUCCACGCCCGUUCUGUCUACGACUCUCGUGGCAACCCAACCGUAGAGGUUGACAUUGUCACCGAGACUGGCCUUCACCGUGCCAUCGUCCCCUCAGGAGCUUCCACUGGAUCUCAUGAAGCUUGUGAGCUCCGUGAUGGAGACAAGUCGAAGUGGGGCGGCAAAGGUGUUACCAAGGCCGUAGGCAAUGUCAACGAUACCAUUGCCCCCGCACUCAUCAAGGAGGGGCUUGACGUCAAGGACCAGUCCGCAGUCGAUGCCUUCUUGAACAAGCUUGAUGGCACAACGAACAAGACCAAUCUUGGUGCAAAUGCUAUCCUCGGUGUCAGCAUGGCAGUUGCGAAGGCUGCGGCGGCCGAGAAGGGCGUUCCCCUGUAUGCUCACAUCUCGGACCUCGCGGGGACCAAGAAGCCUUAUGUGCUUCCCGUUCCUUUCAUGAAUGUCCUCAACGGUGGCUCCCACGCCGGUGGCCGUCUCGCCUUCCAAGAAUUCAUGAUCGUUCCCUCAGAAGCUCCCACCUUCUCCGAGGCCAUGCGCCAGGGUGCUGAGGUUUACCAGAAGCUGAAGUCCCUUGCUAAGAAGAAGUAUGGACAAUCUGCAGGGAACGUCGGCGACGAGGGAGGUGUUGCACCAGAUAUCCAGAGCCCCGAAGAGGCUCUCGAUCUCAUUGCGACUGCUAUCGAAGAGGCUGGGUACACCGGAAAGGUCAAGAUCGCCAUGGAUGUUGCAUCAAGCGAGUUCUACAAGACUGAUGCGAAAAAAUAUGAUCUCGACUUUAAGAACCCUGACAGCGACCCGACCAAGUGGAUCACCUACGAGCAGCUCGCCGACUUGUAUAAGUCGUUAGCCGAGAAAUACCCUAUCGUCAGCAUCGAGGACCCCUUCGCUGAGGAUGACUGGGAGGCCUGGAGCUACUUCUUCAAGACCUCUGACUUCCAGAUCGUCGGUGACGACUUGACGGUCACGAACCCCACCUUCAUCAAGAAGGCUAUUGAGCUGAAGUCCUGUAAUGCCCUCUUGCUUAAGGUCAACCAAAUCGGUACCAUCACUGAGGCCAUCCAGGCAGCCAAGGAUGCCUUCGGUGCUGGAUGGGGAGUCAUGGUCUCUCACAGGUCAGGUGAAACUGAAGAUGUCACCAUUGCUGAUAUCGUCGUCGGUCUGCGCGCGGGCCAGAUCAAGACAGGUGCUCCAGCACGAUCGGAGCGUCUUGCCAAACUCAACCAGAUUCUUCGCAUUGAGGAGGAGCUUGGUGACUCUGCCAUCUACGCUGGUGAGAAAUUCAGGACUGCGAUCAACAUGUAA